UUGGAUGCAACAAAACUUGUUGUGCAGUGGCCUUCUCUCCGUUGUGCUGGCAUUUAUAUUUCAACACGUUCAGGACUGAGGAUGGCGCUGCAUGACUACCCUAUACCAGACCUGGACGUGACACUGCAGGAGGCGGGCCGCGUCCUCCAGCUGACCCUUAGCCCCGACCUCUACAUGCAGUACAAGGCCGCGCUCUCCCAGCAGAGGGACAUCCUGCAGGAGGCCCAGAGGAAGCUCUCGGAGGCCAGCGCGGGCCGCGAGAACUGGGUCACCGAGCAGUUCAAGAGCCGCCUGCUGUCCUGCGGAGACGCCCUGCCCAUCUCCACCGCCAUCCCCACCGUGCUGCCGCGCUCGCGGGCAUGGGGAGCGGAGGGGCAGGGGGAGGGGGCAGGGACGGGGACUGGGGACGGCGUAGGGCGGGCUGCGGCCCUCAUGUGGGCCAUGGCCAAGCUGCACAGCGAGCCCUCACUGGUGGAGGGGGGUGACGUCGCCAUGGAGCGCACGCAGCAGUCUGAGGUGUUCGCCGCCAGCCGCCUGCCGGGGAGGAAACAGGACGAGGUCAAGCUCUACCCAGACAGCCUUCACGCCGUGCUCACCUGUCGUGCAGGUGCGUUCCCCGUCCAGCUGCUGCGCCGGCCGCGUGAGGGCGAGGGCGGCCCCUGCACAGCCUUGCCCCUGAGAGCCAUCUACCGCCAACUGCAGCACAUCAGCACGCUGCCCGCCGCAGACACCGCCCACGACGCCUCCGCCAUCUGCGAACUGUCCUCGCUGCCGCGCCGAGACUGGCACACGGCCCGCGAGAAGAUCCAGAAGAAGGGCGGGGCCACCGCGGCCUCGCUGGAGGUCAUGGAGAGUGCCAUCUUGGCGGUGUCGCUGGAGGACGGACCGGCACCCACGGACCUGGCCAGCACGCUCAACGCAGUCAGGCUCGGGGGGAGGGGAUGGAAGUGCCUGCGGUAUUACGACAAGGUGGUCAACAUGGUGGUGUUCAAAGACAGCGUGGCAGGCUUGGUGUUCGAGCACUGCACCGUGGAUGGCAUGGUGGCCGGGCUUGUGGCCGAGAGCGUCUUUUACCUGUCGGAGGCUCAGAGCAAGAAUUUCAUCCGUGCUCACGCAGAAAGUCAAUCAGACUCUGCUGAUGGCAUCCCAAAACCUGAACCCUUGACAUUCCAACUGGACGACAUCAGUAUUCCGAGUCACCUGGCGAACACAACCACUCCAGAAACCCACCCCAUCCUCACGUUCGAAAUGCCCUCGUACCCCGACGUCUUUACCCUCCUGAGGAGUCAGCGAGGGGUCUACGACGCUUGGGUGAACUUUGCACUGCAGCUCAGUUUGAGGCAAACGCUCGGGGAAGCAGCAGUAAAACACAUCAUGGUGACCCCCACACACAUGCGGCAUUACAAGCACGGCCGCUGCGAUCCCACCUACUCCCUCACGAGCCGAUCUAGGAAGUUAGUCAGCGCUCUGGAUACGUGCGUUGGACCGGAUGGGAAUCCAAGGUACACCAAGGAGCUCAUCAGCAUGUUCCACUCUGCCCUUCUUGAGCACAAGGGUCUGAUCAAGGCCACAAAGAAUGGUCAGGGAGUGGGUCCACACUUGGCAGUCUUGCGCCAUUGCAUGUCUCCAAACAAUCCCCUGAAAAAGUUCCUCGAUCCCUUCGGAUGCCCGUCUGUGUAUCUGACAGGGAAAGACCUGAUGGAAGGCGUUGAGUGCGCCGUCGGAAAUGUGUAUGCCCGUGACCAACUCGCAGUCACCUACCUCGGGAGGAAAGACCGUGUUCGCAUCGUGCUGAAUGGAAAAGGUAGCUUUGCGGGAGUACUGGACAAGCUUCACGCAAGCCUGCAGAUGACACUGAAGCUAGUCAUGCUGCUGGCGGUCAGGUAUGCCAUCGCUGGACAGAUGGGCGCACUAGAGUGUCUCCUGAAGGAACGUGAGGAACUCCAUAUCAAUGGCGGCCUGGAGCCAAAGGUUUCCAAAGGCCCUAAUGCGAGUGGAAAAGCGCCACAAUCCAGGGAGAUGAAGCCAGACUUCACAGUGUUAAUUCACGGCGGUGCUGGCGAAGAUGUGUCUUUGAACCAGAAAGUGGUCGAAGUCCUUGAGUUUGCCCUGGAAACUGCACUGGGUCUAGGAGCACAAGUUCUGAGAAGAGGAGGAAGCAGCUUGGAUGCAGUGGAGAGAAGUGUUGUGGCCCUGGAGGAUUGUUUCCUCUUCAACGCUGGCAAAGGCGCUGUUUACAACAAAGAUGGCCAACAUGAGCUGGAGGCCUCUAUCGUGGAUGGCAGCGGGAGCAACUCGGGAUCCGUGGCCUGCCUGCGCACAGUGAAAAACCCAGUGAAAGCAGCCAGAAAAGUCAUGGAAAAAAGUGUCCACUCCCUCUUGGUUGGAGAUGGUGCUGAAGAGUUUCUGCAAUCACUGCCCGAAAACGACAAGCCAGUGGGAGCAGAUUACUUUUACACUGACGUACGCCGCAGAGAGCUAGACACCAAACUAAACAGCGUUUCGACCACCAAAAACAACCAUCCACAAACUGUGGGAGCGGUUGCUCUGGACAGGUGGGGAAAACUCGCGGCCGCAACCUCAACAGGUGGCCUUGUUGGCAAGUGCAAAGGCCGAGUGGGGGAUACGGCGGUGAUGGGUGCCGGAGUAUACGCUGAUGAGAAAGUGGCCGUGACAUGCUCGGGUGAUGGAGACGUUUUCCUCAGACAAACGGUUGCCAAGCGAGUCGCUAGUCUGUACACCCACAAAGGCUACUCACUCAGACAUGCUUGCCAGACUGUGAUCUCUGAGGACCUCAGAGGCUGCCAGGCUGGCAUCAUAGCAGUGGAUCACAAAGGCGAAGCUGUAAUCGAGACAAAUGCGGCUGUGAUGCUGAUCGCAUCGGUGGUCAAUAACACGGUUCGAGCAGAAGUCUUCAGACCAGCCAUGUCUUUCUCCAACAUAGUUUGGGAGGAUAAUGAGCUGGUGGCCUAUCUCCAGCCUGACCCGUGCACCCCCGGGGCCACAGUCCUUACUCGCAGAUCCCUCAGCGGCCCUAGUAGCAUUUUUCAGCUCACGGAGGCCAACUUCAUGACAAUGCUAAUGGGGGCUAGAAGAGUUGCUAAUCUGCUGUGUAAACGACUCGUUGUCCAUCGCUGUGCCCUUGUAGUGUAUCCCGAGCAUGACCAACCAGUCCAGAUCAAAGUGCUGCCCCUUCAUGGCCUGGAGGCCAGCUGGAAACCUUACCUUGCUGGUGAGAAAGAGUUCAACACCAGCGACCCUGGCUACUGUAGCUCCAAGAGUGGCCCGAGGUGUGAAGAGGCUGAACUCGACGAUGUCCUGGCCAAGAUACGAGCCAAGCUACCAACACCAAAUGCCCCGUCUUGCUACGACUUCCUUGGAGACAGCUCACAUAACAAUCUUUUCUCAAGAAUCGUCCGCGGCGAUGAGAAACAGUGGCGGGUGUGGGAGGACAGUAGUCACGUGGCCUUCCUGACACCAUUUCCCAACACGCCUGGACUCACGGUAUUGGUUCCACGCAAACCACUACCCAGCGACAUCUUCAGGCUACAGGAGGAGGACUACACAGGCCUAGUCCUUGCCACCCGGAAGGUUGCGCAACUUCUUCAGGAAGCCAUGCGGGCCAGAGGAGUGGCUCUCAUCUUUGAGGGCUUUGAAAUCGAUUACGCCCACGCCAAAUUGAUACCUCUAGUCUCUUCCCCCUGUCACAAUACCUCCGCCACGACUGUACCCCCAAAGUUUUUCCAAACCUACCCAGGGUUUGUCACCUCAGCCAGUGGGGCGAAAGCCUCAGCAGAAGAACUAAAAAAGAUCCACAACCAGAUCACACAGAACACAGCCCCAAAGUCUUGGGAGGAUCCUCAAAGCCAUGCCACGUUAGCGAUAAACAGUCAGUGGUAUCGGAAUCUCUUCCAGAUUCAGAACACCCUGUUCCAUAGCACUGUAGAGUACUUCAACAACACGUGUCACUACGCCUACGCCCUGACCCCCAUCACGACCGAUACCAUCUCGUCCCCAAUGGGACUCGGGUCUGACUCGGAGCCUGUGCUCGUCAACUUCCUGGGGCAGGACGCGUUCCUGGCCGAUUCCAUGCAGUUUGUUCUAGAAUACUUCCUGCGGUUCCAAGAGGGUCUCCUUGGUGCGUACUACAUCUCGCCCAGCUUCAGAGGAGAAGAGCCUGAUACCACACACCUCAACCAGUUCUACCAUGUGGAGUGUGAGCUCCAGGGUGACAUGGACGCCGCCAUUAUGGUAGCCGAGGGCUUUGUGGCUCACCUCACAGAGCAGAUGCUGAAAAGACACGCCAUCAUCAUCCAGAACACCGCGGGCACCCUGUCUCACGUACAACACCUCCUGAAGCAGCUGGGAGGCGGGGGACGGCUUCCGCGGGUGACCCUGGAAGAGGCCAUCCCCAUGAUGCCCUCCCCAGACUGUCUGGACUGGGUGCAAGAGGGCCAGCCCCAGUUCGGCAGGAAGCUCACGCGAAAAGGCGAGCAGGUGCUGAUGGAUAAGUACGGCGGCGCCGUUUGGCUCACGGAGAUGGACCACCUCGGAGUGCCGUUCUACCAGGCCUACGUGGAAGGUUCGAGCAGGUCCAAGGCCAAGUCUGCCGACCUCCUUCUGGGCCUGGGCGAGACGAUAGGGCUUGGCGAGCGCCACCCCACCACGGAGCUGGUGCAGGAGGCCCUGAGGCACCAUGCGGUUCCGGAGGAGUCCUACAGAUGGUACAUGGGCAUGCGGCAGGUCAUGCCUCUGCUCACCAGUGGGUGGGGCAUGGGCACCGAGCGCUUCCUUUGCUGGCUCCUCCAACAUGACGACGUCAGAGACAUGCACAUCAUACCGCGACUCAAGGCCAAACGAUACAUGCCUUAAAGGAGAUUCUCAGCACUUUGGGAACUUAAAGGAACACUAAGCAAUUUGAGCCUUCAAAUGUUUUCCAGUACAUGUUGAGAGGUAUUUCAGAAUUUGAUUUUCCAUCCUACAUGGGCUAUGCCAUCAUUAACUAAGUUAGGAGGAGCAGGGCUGUCUCUCUGUAGUUCUAAGCCUGACUAUUCUGCUUCCAACCUGUAGGGUGAACUAAAAGAAACACUAGUUAGUGUUCCUUUAAACAAAGUUUAUACAUGCCUUAAAUACUGUUUAUACUUGCCCAAACCUAUGUUUAUAUAGUCUUUAAACAGUGUACGCCUUAAACCCAUUUCCCCUAGAUGGAUGAACAAUAUAAAUAAAAGACACAAAUGCAAAGAAUUUGUUCACUACAUGAACAUAUUGGUUGUGCACAUCUGCACACGAUACCAAAUUAACCGUCAUUCCUAUGUGAUCAUAAUGAACCGAUAACUUUCAGUAUAAUAAAUCAUGUAUUGAUGUAUUAAUGAUACAAAUGACAUUGAGCUUUACUGUGGACAGGCAUGUGUAUAAUCCAAAUAUUUAAAAAGAGAAAUGUUGGGAGACUCGGAUGAUGACAGAUGCCUGUCACUUAAAUACCCUAUUCCAAUGUAUCCACAAAAUAUGUUUUAGACUUAGGACUGAUGGAUUAAAUUUUAAAAAUGAAUCUACGUAUCUGUUAUAAAUGUUGUCGUGCCAAUUGAGGUUGUCUGUUAUUUUUACAAAAUACUUAUGUUUGUUGGAUUGAGAUGAUGUAGAGAUUUAAAGUUGGUUUACUUUUCCAUAAAGGACAGUCAGGAGGCAUUUAAAUUGAAUAUCUGAGUGUAUGAUUGUGACUAGACAGCUUUACAUCUAGAACAUGCUAUAAUAUAGAUGCUUAUAUAAUAUAAGCACAAAAUAUAGUGCUUUUGUAUUUUUGAAUCUUUAGUUAUUGGCUGUCCAUCAUGUUCCAUCUAACUCACUGUAUAUGUAUCACUUUUUGUUUUUGCGUAUUGUUUUCCUUUUUUAUUACUUACUCCUACUUUGCACACCAUCUUGUGCCAACAAAGGUGAUAAUUACGUGAUGUGAUAAUUAAGUUAAUGAGUGGUUUGACAAGCCUCUUGAAAUGCAAAUAUGAAUUCCCUACAGAAAACAAUGAUGUUGGAUGUUCCAUUCUACAUUUCUUUAUGUAGUUAUAGUUUUCAUUAUAUCAAUA